GAAUGUCAAAACCGGUCAAUUCACAGACUUUGGUUCACAGGGUUACACAGUCCAGAUUUGCUGCUUCAAAGAAGCAUUUGUCAGAAAAACUGACUCGUGGGUCUGCAGGAAUAAGGCACCAGGAUGUGUCAAGUACUAUGGUAAAAGAGGUACCCUGUACUCAAAACAGUGAAUUUGUUAAAGCUGCAGCUGGUGGAGAAACGGAAAUUGAUCCUGAAGUAUCCGUUAAAGGUUCUGGUUCAAAAUUGGAUGGUACUGGGCUUAGAGCUGAAGUGGAGGUUUUAGCCUCAAGGGAGCCUGCUGAUUGUAAUGUGUUUGUGAAUCCCAAGCACCUUAAUUUUGAUGACGUGGAAGAAUCCUGUAGGAAUGGAAGUUAUACUCCUGCUUUUAAAGAGGGAAUGCAGGGAAGAUCAUCAGAAAAAAGGUCUAUUUCCUUGAUGGAUGCUGAUGAUAUACUGGAAGAAGGAAUGACUGUCGAUUACCAAGAAAAUCAUAACUCGUCCCUGCCAAUGAAAUUUCUCGGGAAUCCGGAAGUUUCAGUCAAAGGGAAGGACCUCCUGAGUGGUUUAUCUGGAUCUCCUGCAGAAGAGGAUAGAAGUAUCUCGAAUGGAAACGCCAUCUCAUCAGUAAAGGAGACAUCUGAUGUUCAUAAUGAUGCAGUUGCUAAUAUGUUGCUAGAAAGUGGCAAUAGAGAGUCUCGGUGUGGAACCAUGGGAAGUGUAGAACAUAGUCCAAAGGCCAUACUAGAAUCUCAAGGCCUUUCACUUUCUCGGGUGGAUGUUGCAACAUCAAUUGUCAGUAGAAGUCCUGUUGAAGAAACGCCUCAAAACGAGGACCGCGACAUGAUUGAGAGCUCUGAAUCUUCACCUAAGGCACAGAUUAAAGAGGGUGAAUAUAGUGAUGAACUGAACGUAGUCAAACCUCCUGAUGCAAGUCCUUGUGAAGUGGAAGAGGGAAAAAUAGGCGAAUUUCAAAGCAAGGAAAGAGGCCUUGUUCUCUCCUCUGGUAGAAUUACAAAAUCUAGAUCAGACCAACAGGAGAGCUCUUUGAAUGUCAGUGGCUCAGCCAGUAAUGCCAGAAGAACUGGUUCUGUUGGCGUAUCACCUCGGCUGUCUAACCCUGCAAAUCAACCCUCGGAAUUGGUUAACUACUCUCAUAUCACUAAUGACUGUUUUCAAAAGAAGGAAGCAAAGGCAAGAGAUCACUUCAUUACGGAGGGUUCAUGCCCUCAGCAUAAACGAAGAAAGAUUGAGUGUAAAACAACUGAUGACCAGUCUGCUUCUUUGGGCUUGAGAGAACAGGGUUUUUACAAUGUCAGUAGAGAUUCUAUGUGUGGGAAAUUGGGAAGUGUAGAAGAUAGUCCAAAGGCUGUACUAGAAUCUCAAGGGCUUUCAAUUUCUCGGGAGGAUGUUGUGAAAUCAAUCGUCAGCAGAAGCUCAGUUGAAGAAACACAUCAAAAUGAGGAUCACCAUAUGAUAGAGUGGUCUGAAUCUUCACCUAAGGCACAGAUGACAGAGGGUAGAAUCAGCUUGGGAUGCAGGGAUACAAGUGGUAGCGCACCUUUCAUUUUCAUGGAUAAAGAGUUUGAAGCUUCAAUCCUAAGUUUGAUGAAGCAGACUGGUAUGAUGGAGGAAACAGGAUUAGCACAUCCACCAAGCAUUAUCAUUGAUUCAGGAAGUCAAUGCAUGGUAGAGACUACUGUUUCACUAACUCGUAAGGAUAAUCUUACAACAGGAAAUGCUGAACAUUUGACAUGCGCUGGAAGAGCAAUGCAGGAAAUGAGAUUUGAUCUUGGAGUUGGAUCUCCACAUGGCCAAUCCUUGGAUUUGAUUGGUUCGGAUGAUAGAAAGCCUGAGCUUGAGGGGUUCGUUAUGCAAACAGAUGAUGAACCAACAAGCAUUGCCGGAAAGGGAAUUAGCUUUGACGAAUGGAACCUUCCAAGCACUACAAUUGAACGUGCCAGCAUUCUGGAGCAUUUGUGCCAAUCUACUUGCAUGCAAACUCCAGUAGUGUGCUCUUCAGCUUCAAAUAAGUUGCACAAAAUUCCAAAUCUCUACCAAUCUGUUCCAAUUGGGCUUCUAGAGGGUGUGGAUAUGAGGACCAUGAAUGAUGUUGUCAAACAAUUAAAGGAUGGUUAUAGUUACUUGAAUGAGGAAGUUGGCCAAGCGUUUUAUGGAAGGUCCUAUUCUGAUUGCCUAUUAAAUCAUAGUGGUCAAUCUGGUUGGGAUACUAAGAAACCGUAUCUGUCUCCAGUUGGCAAACUCUGGGAUACAACUGGUUCAGGGACUAGUAGUUCAACGAAGCGAGGAAGCUUAAUUCUGGAGCUUCCCUGCAUUAGUGAAGAAAAUGAGAAUGCAGAUGAGGCAGCUGAUACCUUCCAAGAUGAAAGUGUUACAGAUGCAUUAAACAGGUCAAUACAGAGAGUACCACUUGCUGACAUUACUGAGAUUCCAAACCCUCCGGCAUCAGUUUCUAAAGCUGAACCAUAUGCAGAUAGACUUAGUCUAGAUUCCAUGAACACUGAAUUCAGCUUAACGGGCACUCAUAAGAACUUCAAACGGAAGCUUGGAAUCCAAAGCAGCAGCAAGAGAAGAUAUAACAAUAAGGAGAACCUGAGUAUGUCACGAGGAACAAACGAUAUUAAGAGGACCACUGGAUCACUUCAUAACAGGUUCAAUAAACCAAAAUUAUCUGGAAAAACCAGUCUGAGAAAAGGUGGUCCAAGUUUGUCAGAGCAGGAGCCGAAGCGUAACAAUAUUGUGUCCAGCAUGACUUCUUUCAUUCCACUUGUUCAACAGAAACAAGCAGCUGCAGUUGUAACAGGGAAGAGGGACGUCAAAGUGAAGGCCCUGGAGGCAGCUGAAGCUGCAAAGCGUCAGGCAGAAAAGAAAGAGAAUGAACGCAAGAUGAAGAAGGAAGCCUUGAAACUUGAGCGCUCAAGAAUGGAGCAGGAGAAUAUCAAGCAGUUGGAGUUGCAGAAGAAAAAGAAGGAAGAAGAGAGGAAGAAAAAGGAGGCAGAUAUGGCAUCAAAGAAGAGACAAAGGGAAGAGGAAGAAAGGAAGGAGAAGGAAAGAAAAAGAAUGCGUAUUGAAGCACGUAGAAACAAGAGAGAACAUGAAGACAAGGUACCUGCAGAAAAGGAUGGAAGAGGCCCUGGGGGUAAGGAAUAUAAGGAUGAAAUGGCAAGUAAGAAAAUGGAGGAAGAAAAGGGUUAUGACAAUAACAGAAAUAUUUCGGAGAAUAAGCCUAGUACUUCCAGGAUUUCAAUAAGCAAUGCUGGAAAAGAAAGUAUUGUCCACGAAGAGUUCCACGAGGCCUCGAGUAAUUAUGGAUAUAAAGCAGAGGUACUGAGCAAUUCAGACAGAGCAAUGAAGAAUUCAGUUGCCAUUACAAGUCAAGAACAGUCUUAUGACAUCUCUCCAUACAAAGAAUCAGAUGAUGAGAAUGACGAUGACGACAGUAUCAUACCAAAUAAUAAAUUUAUUCCUUCGUGGUCAAGUAAAAACUGCCUGGCUUUCGCUGCUUCUUCCCAGAAUAGAGCAGACCCAGAGACGAUCUUCCCCCUGGAAAGCUUUUGCUGCAUAUCUGAAGUCCUCUUGCCCCGAAAGCAUCAAUUGAACAACAGCGGAAUGUGUUAAUCUAUGUUCAGUUAUAUUCUUCAGUCACCUAGAAUAUGAGCUUUCGGUCAAGAAGAGAUUUUCAAAGUCUAUUUGUGAACAGUUUCUUGAGCAGGCGACACCCUUUCAAGCCGAAAUGUAGCUGAAAUGCGCAGAGCAUUUUUCUUAUGUAUGGGAUUCUGUCGUAAUUGUUAUGCCAGAUAAUUUGCAGAUUGAUUGUAGUUAAGAAGAGUAACAAGUUCCAUUGGCAGAAGGGCAAUCGCCUGAGCUACCGAGUAAUUUGGUCAGCAUCUCCUGCUGCUGCUGCAUUUUUUGGCACCAUACCUGGUUUUACUUUUAACCUCCCAAUCAUCUUCCUUAAGGAUGAAAUGUAUAUAUUUUCGUAUGGGCGUGUUGUAAGAUUAUGUAUAGCAUAUACAAAUUUAACCA